AUGGUAGCUACGGAACACGUCAACAAUCAGGCCGAGCGGCUGGAGAACAUUCCCCAACAACCACUGCACCAGCUAGACACUCCGUUUGAGAAAGCUACCUUCGGAAUGGGUUGCUUUUGGGGCUGUGACUCUCUGUUCGGGGCCACCAAAGGCGUUCUGCGUACACGCGUCGGCUAUGCCGGAGGUACCACCGAGUCUCCAGCGUAUAAGAAAAUGGGAGACCACACGGAGGUGAUCGAGAUUGACUACGAUCCGGAGAAGAUCAGCUACAACGAUCUGCUGGAUUUGUUUUGGAACAAUCACGAGUACGGUUUGACAACGCGCAUGAAGCGCCAGUACAUGUCGCUGAUUCUCUACCACACCGAGGAGCAACGGCAGAUAGCGGAAGAAAGCCGAACGCACGAGCAGAUCAAGCGGGCCCCGGAGCAGAUCAUCACCGAAAUUGCCCGGGCAGGAACCUUCUAUCCAGCCGAAAACUACCACCAAAAGUACCGCCUGCAGGGUCACACCGAUCUGGCCAAGGGCAUCGGACUGACAGCGGAGUUGCUGUACACGUCGCACGUGGCCGCACGUCUGAACGGAUACCUUAUCGGAGUGUCUGGACUGAAGCAGUUCGAAGAGGAGGCCGAGCUGUUGGGUUUGAGCAAGGACCAGACGCAGUACGUCCGGGAGUACGUCAUCCAGAACGAAGGCGGUGGCAUUUUCUGCUGA